AUUAUUGUGUGCAUGGUUCCGUUAUGAAUAUCAUUCAGAAAAACGACCAGUUCUUCUGAAAAAUAAUUUUAAUAAUAUGCAGACAAUUAUUAUCCUGAUGAUUCUCUGAGCUCGAUUUAUGAAAAUCACUGAAGAGUCCUGCUCGCAGUUACAGUCCCACAAUUCCAAGCGACUCAAGAUGGCAUCUCGUAGCUCCAGCUUGUCGCGUUUCCCGGCUCUUCUCUUCUGUCAUCCAUCCAUGGAGAACCUCGCGUCAGCCAUCGCGAGGAAAUGCUCUCGGGAAUCGCUGUCACUAACUUGCUUCACGCCAAACCCGACGUCAUCGCAAACACUUGAUUCGCACCCCCUAAGUCAGGAAAACGUGACCCGAGUCCAGAUGCGUCUUCAGUCCGUCGAGUUUCACAAGAACGGUAUUCAAUGGGACAGCUUCAAAGAUGGCUGGCCCAACUUGUUCAUUGAGAAUGUCAAGCAGUGCGCAGGGAGAGAUGUGAUCUUUCUUGGAAGUUUCCACUCGCCUGAAGUAGUGUUUGAGCAACUAUCGAUCCUCUACAACAUGCCAAGGUAUCUUGCCAGGUCUUUUAAGUUCAUCUUACCCUAUUUUCCAACGGGAACAAUGGAACGCGUGGACACGGAGGGGCAGGUCGCAACAGCUAAGGUUCUUGCGAUGAUGCUGUCGUCUAUUCCCAGCACAGCCCGUGGCCCCGCCCAGAUUGUCAUGUUUGACAUUCAUGCGUUACAAGAACGGUUCUACUUCUCGGAUACUAUCAUUCCGAGGCUAGAGUCAGCUAUUCCGUUGCUGCAGCGUGAGAUGUUAAAACUUCCGGAUGACGUCAAGUUCAACAUCGCAAUCGCGUUUCCGGAUGACGGCGCCCACAAACGUUUCCACGGCAUGUUUGAUGAUUUCCCACAGAUCACGUGCAUCAAAGUCCGCAACGGCGAUAAAAGAGUUGUCACCAUCAAAGAAGGAGAAGCUAAGAAUCAUCAUGUGAUCAUCAUCGACGAUUUGGUGCAGACCGGAGGAACGCUGAUAAACUGUGCGAGGGUUUUGUUAGAGAGCGGGGCAGCCUCUGUCAGUGCUUACGUGACUCACGCCGUUUUCCCCCAGGACUCCUGGAAGGCAUUCACCACGGAAGAAGCUGCGAAAAGUGGCGUCAAAUUUGACCAUUUCUGGAUCACGGACUCGCUGCCGCACGCGAGCACGAUCGCUGAGCACGCUCCGUUCAAGCUGCUGUCCCUCUGUGAUGUCAUUUCAGAAUUGCUGCUUGGAUAUGACUUGGUACAGCACAUCUGAUUGGAUGGUGUGGGUAGACAGACUGGUACAGGCUUUGUGAUUGGAUGGUCUGAAAUGGUUCAACUGUAGUGAUUGGAUAAUUAUGUGAAUGGAAAGUUGGUACAACCAACAUGAUUGGAUUGUGCAAUAGUAUUUUGUACAACCGUUGUGAUUGGUGAAAUAAGACUGAGUACAACUAUUUUGAUUGGAUGAUAUGGACAGUUGAUACAACCAUUGUGAUUGGAUAUUAAAAUGGAGAGAUAGUACAACCAUUUUAAUUGGAUUAUAGAGUUUGGUACAACCAAUGUGAUCAGAUCACAUGAAAGUAUGGCUUAAUAGUACAACCAUUCUGAUUGGUCUUUAGUCUAUGUGAUUGGACAAUAUGAUUAAAGGGUACUGUACAGCCUUUUAUGACUGGAGGAUAUAAGAAUUAAGCUUAUCUAAGCUGUCUUUUUCUGAAAUUUUAUUUUAAUUCAAAAAGUGAAAAUUGAAAACUCAGGAGAAUUCCCAAUUUGUCACAAUUCUUCAACUGACUUCUCAGCUAAUUGUGAUAAAUUGAUUGUCAGUGCAAAUAUUUCAUUUUAAGCAAGAUAGAUGUAAAUUUAAGUGGUACAACAAUCUUGUGUAAUCAUAUUGUGUAUGCAGUAAAUGUGCUCAGUUUAAAAUGAACGUCUGUAGAAAUUUCAUUCAGUACAUGUAGUAGCAAUAUUUUAAACAAUGCAUGUUAAUGUUAAAACAGAUCAUAAGUCAUGUCAGUAGGUAAUGUGUUGAUGGUGGUUUUUUUUUAAUGACUAGCCCAGUAUCGUUUGUAAAUUUCGGCUCUAAUUUUAAUUUUAUUCAGAUAAUGAUGCCUUCUUUUACCGGUCUUGGACUACUUAAAGGCUUUGCCUUACUCUGAAGAAAUUUUUUAAAAAGGCCCAAUUGACAUUUGAUGUCAUAUAUCACCAUGUUGUCUCUGUUGGGUGUCUUUUGAGCUGAAAUACAUGUAGCCUAUAGGCUUGCUCAACUCCUUUUCAA